UCAGAGGUGGGGUGUGUAAGUGGACCAGUUCUCUCUGCUGUUGCCGAGCCGAGGCUGAGCCAGACGCUAACGAGAUGGGAGGUAAGCUGAGUAUAAAGAAGGGCUGCGGAGCAGGAGAUUCGAAGAAGAACAAAGCUACAGCUGAAGCUGCUGACAAUCCUGACGUGAAACAAAGUGACCAACCCAAAGAAGACUCCCCACAGACACAACCUAAAGCCGCAGAUAGUCCUGCUGAAAACGCAUCAGAGAAUGAAAAAAGUGCUGCAGGAGAAAAAAGUGCUGAUUUGGUCGUCUUGGAUUCGAAAACCGAAAAGCCAAUUGCAGAUGUCACUGCAUCACAACCCAGAGAUGUGCAGGAUCUCGCCAGCGGUUCUGAUGUACAAGAGAAGAGCAACUCAGCAAAUGUGGUUGUGCCCGAGGAGAAGAAUUCAGAUGCAUCGACAGAGGAACCAGAAUCUAGCACUGCUCCUGCACUCAGAGCUGAGGUUCAAGAGACGAGUAUUGAGAUUCAAGUUGCAUCAGUAACAAAAGAGGCCGUGCAGACCAGUAGCGCUGCUAGUGUGAUCCCAGCUACGCCAGUUAAAGAGACGACUGUGGCUGAAAUCUCUGCAGACCAGAAACCCAGUCUAAGCAGCCCCACCGCAACACAUCCCAUAGAAGAUGCCAAUAACAUGGAAAAUGUACACCCAGAAAAAGAUUCUUUUGCGAACCUGGAAACUAAAGUAAAAGACUGUGAGGAAACUCCUAAUUCAGGACAACGUGACGUGAUUUCUGAGAGCAAACUAUUUGGAGAGCAGGAAAAUAUGUCUCUGGAGACCACUGACAAAGAAACCGGAUCGAGUUUUACCCAAGGAUUGGAGCCUGAAGUGCAAUGUGUCAUCACUGAUAAAGGUGCAGAGAUACCAACACUGGAUAUGGCUGAAGAGACACCCAUUGAUCUUGUGUUAAAGAAUGAAAUGGCCAAGUGCCCAGAUCUACUGGAGAAAAAUGUCAUUGAAACACCACAGACUCCUGCUGAAGCCCCAGAGAAGGUGGAGAGUGAACCAGCUCAUUCUGUCCAGGUAGUAGCACCAGAUGUGAAAACUCAACAGUCUCCAGAGCACCCGAAAGAGCUAGCUGAUGUGCAAGGUAGCACGGGCAAUGUUACAAUACCUGAAGACCAACUACCUGAAGGGUCUGUUGAAUCAAAGGAAGAUUGUGGCCAAACUCGCAAAGAUGUGGCUGAACCAAUCCAAGAAGAUAAACUAUCAAGUGAUCCUGUGAUGGCAGAACCCACUCAGACCGUUUCUUCUCCAAAGGCAGAAGAGCUAAUAAGUAUACCCACGCACGACCAUACUGUGACAAAAACUGUCCUCCCUGACAGUACAGCAGAAAUAUCCUUGCUGAAGACCAGUUCUGAACUAAUACCAGAUAUCAAGCUAACUGUCUAUACUGAAGUUUUUGAGGAGGAGAAAGUGGAGAGCCAUUAUGAGGAACCAUCUCACAAAGUGCCCACUCCUGAGGAAAUUCCUCCUAAGGCAGUAAAUGCUGGUUCUGACAUGAAAACUGAUUCAAAUCCACUCAACGAAGCAAUUGUUGAACCAGAAUCGGUGGGAUCUGAGGCCAUUGUUCAAGAAGGUAAAACCGAUGCUCAAGAAACCAAGGAGUCUUUCGAUCAACUGGCAACAAAAUCUGAACUGACAGAUCCGAGCUGUGCUGGCCCUGAACCAUCCAGUCCUCGUCAAUUGGUAAAUUCAACUGAGGAACAUAAAGAAACUAAUUCUGCUACAACUGACAAUGGCGUCACUCUAGAUAGUGAAGAAAAGGGCGAAAAGGAAUCCACUAGUGAAACGGUGAAUGUUCAAGAGACCUCCAUUGUAAAUGGAACCUCUGCAGAUAGUGGCAAGAAUGAUGCCGGUAAAGCUGAAGAGAAUCGUCAAGAAAUUAGUUCUGAUAAACUGGGAAUGAAGCCAAUGGUGGAAUGUGAGAUCACAGAGGAAUUAGACAAAGUUGUGGGAGAGCAAGAAUGUGGGCUAGUGAAACUGGAUAAUUAGGUGACAAAUGCAGAACCUAACUGGUAGAUGUGGCUGUUGAGUGAGUUGAGAGGUGCUGAACUGCAAGUUGAUGAAUUAACCAAAAUUAUGUGACAAAAUACAAGAUUUAAUAGGUGGGAUUUGGAUUUCUCCCAGACUGACUAGGAUCAAGCAUGUUUCUCUCAAAGGGGAAAACUAUUCGUGCUGCAAACAGGGCAAUGACUAAUUUUUUUCCAGCACACAUUGACUUCACUGACCCAACACUCUUCCAUCAGAUACCAAAAAAAAUCACUUGCAAAAUCAAGACUCGGCCCAUAUGAUUUCAAUGGGUGUGGAUAAACUUGAAAGACUUUUUAGUUGCACAACACUGUCCUAAAUGUCUGGUAUUUUUUAAAAGCACGCAAACUCACAAAACUACAAGAUUCCAUUGAGGGAAGCUUUAAACUGUACACUGAACACAAGCUUAAAUUGCAAAUUGAAGUAGCAACAUUUAGUGAUUUAUCCAAUUCACAGUUACCUGGUCUAGAGUUUAUAUACUGUCAGCAUCUGUAGCUUAAUUGACGGGGGAGGGAAUGUAAGAUUUUAAACCACUUUGAACGCUUUUGACAACGAAAUAAAGAUUAUUGUACUUGA